GUACCCUUGCAACCACUGUCUCGCGUCAUGUUCGUCGCAAUGUUCACCUUGAACAAGGAGUUUGCUCGUCUGUUUUGAAGUAAAGAACAGACUCCGACAACAUUUAAAUUGCCGUUAUGACGUGUUUGAAGUUUUCUGUCAUUACUUGCGGUUUGCUGGUUUAUCUGGCGAGUGGUAUCUACGGAAGUUCGGAAGCGGAACAGAAAGAGAUGGAGACACAGAGCAAACUAUUUACCAAGUUAUUUCACAAAUAUCAUAAACACGUGGCACCAGUACGUAUACACCCCGAACAUCAGAAGAAGAUGGCUAUCAAUGUGUCCGUCAAUAUUGCUCUCCAGUCUAUUGUUAAUAUGGAUAUCCACAGCGGAUUACUGGAAACACAGAUAUGGAUGAUGAUAGAAUGGGUAGAUCAUCGACUUUCAUGGAACUCUAGCUAUAAUGUGGAUUCGUUACACAUUCAUCCCGAUGAAAUAUGGCGUCCUGACUUAGCACUAUUUGAUAGUGAAAUGAUGGAGGAGCACCCUGUUAAAUAUCCUUUGAUAAUGCCAUCUGGCAAAGUGUAUUGGGUGCCUACGUACAAGGCUUUUGCAGCGUGUGGCAAAAGUACCUGGUACUUUCCCAACGAUAAGCACACGUGUUCUUACAAGCUUGGAUCGUGGUCUUAUGACGAAUCGUACUUGGACUUACGUAGCAACGGCGAUAAGCUCAUGACUUAUUAUAAAGAGCAUACAGAUUGGAAAGUGCUCGGGGAGUCAAUUGAAAGACAUGCUAAAAAAUAUGCAUGCUGCAAUGAGACCUAUGUCGAUGUCACGUUCACUUUGACCAUACAGAGGGUAACAUCUUUCUAUUCAGCCAUUCUUGUUACGCCUGCUGUUUUGAUCACCCUGGCGUUGAUACUGGUGUUCGGCCUUCCUCCUGACUGUCGGCAAAAGAUAGAUAUUAUUAUUGGAGUUCUAAUCAUAUCAGUGGUUUUACAGUUUCACCUUGCAACUGUUGUAUCCGAGGCAACAGCACUGGGAGGAUUUCUACUCUUUUCCACUAUAGCGGAUCUUCUCAUUCUAGCAGAGACUGUCUUAGUGUAUAACCUCUUUCACCGCAAUACCCGUACACACCCUAUUCCCGAAUGCCUGCGGUCAGUCUGCAUGAGCGUACUACCUCGCAUAAUUUGUUUAACCAAGCCUCGCGCUAGAAAGUACGACGUGACUCUCAACACUAACGAGAACGAUGGCGAUGAAAGGGACAUAAAAAUACUGGAAUCUAGUCAAAAAGCCGAGGACGUUGAUGAAGAAUGGCGAUUUAUUGCACGUGUGUUAGAUCGCAUCUCUUUCUGCAUUUUCCUCAUUUUUUACGUUCUCGUUACCGCCUGUAUUUUGGUACAGCCGUCCUAGAAGCACAGUCUAUCUACUGUUGAACGAAACACGCAUUGUCAAUUGUUUGAGGCUACCCUUACCUAAUCAAACCCCCAAAACACAUGUCAAACAUAUAGAAAAUGCAUUUUAAAGCAAAAAUGUAUUAUAUCAAUUUUUGAAACACCUUCUUUAAAGUAGUAAAUACCGCUCAUCCAUAAACUCUCGAGAUGAAUGGAUUGUAAAUAUAUUUCAAAUACAUCAAUUCAAUACUUGGUUUACUUACAUUCAUUUCCGUUCGAUGUUAUUAGUGUGUUUUCUAGGGUCACGUGUUCACCAUUCAACACGCGUUCGAAUUUCGCGUUGUAUGCAUGGUACCCACAUUGAACGCGACCCACCAAAAAAAUGAGGCAAAGUAUCUCAUAUUAUGAAUAACUAACCCGAAAAUACUAAAAGUUAAUUCAGUUAUAUUUAACCGCGUACGUAAUCCUUUUCCAAUUAUUUUAAUCUCAAAUUAAGAUUUGAUCAUCUGUAGUAUCAGCAUUUGCGAGUUCUAUUUGUUUUGCUAUAGUUAUAAUAACAAAAAUAAAACUGUUUUAUUGUUUGACAUUUAUCUAGCUAGUAUAGUGGUUAGUCACUGUGAUUGUAUUAUAUCCUGUAAUGAUGUCACAUUUUAACGGUAGUAUUACAUCUUAUUGUGAACAGUGUAAUACGUAUUACCAUACACAAAUCCAUUGCUAGCCGUUGCACUAAUGGAAUAGCUCACAGUGGAUCAUUAUUUUUGCAGAGGUGGCAAAAAUAAAAACAAACAACCACACUUCUAGAGAUCAGGCGUGGGAUUUGAAUUUAGAAUAAUAAAGUGGUCUACUCUCUCCGGGAGACAUAGUGGUCCAAGGCACAGUGGUAGAAUAAUAAAGUGGUCUACUCUCUCCGGGAGACAUAGUGGUCCAAGGCACAGUGGUAGAAUAAUAAAGUGGUCUACUCUCUCCGGGAGACAUAGUGGUCCAAGGCACAGUGGUAGAAACAUUUUUUAAUUUGUAUGUUAAUUUUCUAUGAACAAUACUAAUUGGUUAUUGUGUAGACUUUUUGAUGUGUGCAUAAUAAAAUAACACUUGUUUUAC